CGGAGAGCGCGGCGUCAGCGCCUGGGAGGGGAGGGGAGGCGGGCCGUCGUCUUCUCGCCCGGCGGAGCCACCGAGGACAGCAGCAGCAGCAGCAUGGCGGGGAGGCGGGUGGCGCUUAUCCUGGCCGGCUGCGGCGUUUUCGACGGGAGCGAGAUCCACGAGGCCUCGGCGGUGCUUGUUCACCUCAGCAGAGCGGGAGCCGAGGUUAAGAUAUUUGCGCCAAAUAUUGAGCAAAUGCACGUUGUUGAUCAUUUAAAAGGUAGUCCAAGUGAAGAGAAGAGAAAUGUUUUAGUGGAAAGUGCCCGGCUUGCAAGAGGUAACAUCCAGGAUUUGGCAGACCUGAAUGUUGGUGAAUUUGAUGCAGUCAUUUUCCCAGGGGGCUUUGGGGUGGCCAAGAACCUGUGCUCCUGGGCCGUGGAAGGAAAGAACUGCACUGUCAAUGCACAGGUGAAGUCCACCCUUGAGGCUUUCCACAAUGCAAAAAAACCCAUUGGUCUGUGCUGUAUUUCUCCUGUGCUGGCGGCAAAAGUCUUUCCAGGCUGUGAAGUCACCGUUGGCCAGAAUAAAAACAUAGAUGGAAGAUUUCCUGAUGCUGAAACAGCAUCUGCAAUAGAGGAACUUGGAUGCAAGCACAUUUGUAAAGAUGUGAAUGAAGCCCAUGUGGAUUCUACCAACAAGAUAGUCACUACUUGUGCGUUCAUGUGCAAGGCUCCUUUGCAUGAGAUUUUUGAUGGAAUUGGAGCCAUGGUCACUGAGGUUCUCAAACUUGCAUAAAUGAACAGCAGGAAGCCAGCAGGGAGCGGCUUGCUUAUAAACUUAGUGUGGUUGAAUUAACAGUACGUAUUAAUAAAAUGCUGAGUUUAGUGUU